UGAAGUGUUUGAAGUUUGUAGAAAAUUGAAGUUCGACCUUUUCGAUAUACUGUGAUUUAUCGCGCAUAAAUGGCGAUGAUUCAAAUUCAAAUGCAUACGUGAUAUUAAAUAUAUAAUUCUCACGGAAAUAUCAAAUAUGUAAUGUUUUUCAAUGUAAUUCGAAUUUGACCUCGCCAGAUUGUAAAUAAAUAUGAUUGCAUUGUAACUUUAGUAUCUUCCUUAAUAUAUAUAUAGAAAUAUAUUUAAAGUACGAGAGAGUGCAAAAUCUUUUGGACAUAUAUCAGAUUUUAUUCGAAUAUCAUGAAGAUCAAUUAUAGGCAAUUGCCUGUAAAGGCGCACUAUUUCUUUUUUAUGGCAGCUAUGGGUCCUAUUUUACCUUUUCUUCCAGUUUAUGGCAAACAACUGGGUGUUUCACCAUUAAUUAUGGGCAGUAUAACUGCAAUUUUACCUCUGCUAUUUCUGAUCGCAAAACCAGCAUUCGGCUUUGUUGUAGACUAUUUUUACGCCUGGAGAAAAUUAAUAUUUAUAGCAUUGCUUGCUGUAACAAGUGGCUGUUACAUUUUGAUGUACUUUUUACCAGUAUUGCCGGGUCCGAUGCUACCAGAUCAUCAGUUUCAAAACAUCUCGUGCGCAUCCUUGCCAUUUUGCGAUAUAGAUUAUCAUGCUUCAGCAAUCAUAUCAUGUAACGGUACAAAAGAUACCAUGUGCUAUUGGACAUGCAAGGAUACAAAUUUUUCCACGCAAGUAUCUUUUUAUGCAGUUAGAGGAGAAGCAUUUAUCUCACCGGAUACUACAUGCCUAUUAAAUGUCAAUGAAACGUCACCGUGCCAAGAAAAUAUAUCAAAUAAUUGCAAUGUUACCUGUGAUAAUUUCGAGGAUACUCGUUGUCUAUAUACUUCUAUUACUUUCUGGGGAUUUGUCCUUUUAAUGUCUCUUGGCAAUAUUGGUUUUAAUGUUUCCAAUUGUAUAAGCGAUGCAGUUUGCUUUGACAUAUUGGGUGAAGGUGGACAAAUGGGAUAUGGUAGGCAACGAGUAUGGGGUACGGUCGGUUUUGGAAUUGCAGCAUUUCUAGCUGGCUACACAGUGGACUUGUGGUCGCAAGGAGAAAUCUAUAAGACUUAUACGCCAGCGUUUCUUCUUGUGCUUGCAUUUACUUCUGCUGAUUUAAUCUGCUGUAGAAAAUUGGAGCUGCCACUCAUGUCAAGUUCGACAAGUAUAUUGAAGGAUGUAUGUGCGCUUUUGAAAUUGAAACCUAUCGUUAUAUUUUUGUGUUUUGCUACCCUCGCCGGUAUUCUUGAUAGCUUCAUGAUUUACUUUUUAUUUUGGUAUUUAGAAGAUCUUGCUAUGGCAACUGGUUAUAUGGGUGAAAUUAAAUUAAUAGAGGGAUUAACUGUAGCUGCAGAAACUCUCGGUGGCGAGAUAAUAUUCUUCUCAUUAUCUGGUAAAAUAUUGAAGAAAUUUGGAUAUGGUUACACCUUUACAUUCUGCUUUGUAUGCUACGCAUUGCGUCUAGGAUUAAUAUCUCUUGUACCAACACCAUGGUGGGUGCUUCCAGUGGAAUUUUUCAUGCAGGGACCAACAUACGCGCUCUGCUACACGACAAUAGUAGCAUAUGCGAGCACGAUUUCACCACCCGGUACAUCAGCCACAGUUCAAGGAAUUGUGGCAGGGAUGGACGAUGGUUUCGGAUUUGCGGUUGGUAGUUUAAUAGGAGGUAUCUUGUACAAGAAAGUUGGUGGUGCAAUCACUUUAAGAAUAUUUUCAGCGCUUGCAGCAUUUUCUGCAUUAAUGUAUCUCAUUCUUCACAAUAUGUACUUAAAACAUAAUACACCAGACACACGAAAUAAUGUUGAAUGGAGAAAGCCUGAUGAUGCACAAAGACAUUGUGAUGUAGCAGAAACGUAAUUUUUUUAUACAAUUUUUUAUAAAUUUUCUAAAUAUAAAAAAUAAG